AUGGGUCAUAAAUUCAAUCUUCCUUACACCAAAACAAUACCUGUGAUGGACGUGAUCGUUGACUGCGAGAGGGUUAUCGGUAAACACGACUUUGAGAAUAGAGAUUUGAUUAGGGGUAGAGUUGUUAACACUAUUACGAAUUUUUUAAAUUCGAACCAAUAUUCUAAAUCUUUCAGUCCCUCCUUGUAUCGGGAUAUGAGGGAUACUCAGACGUUUCUCUCGAACAAUAAAGAUCACAUAGUUGUCUUGAGGGCUGACAAGGGGAACGUUACUGUAAUUAUGAGCAGAGAUGAAUAUUUUGGAAAAUGUACGGCACUUCUCAAUGAUACACAUACCUAUCAAACGUUGGAAUCUGAUCCCACAUUUCGCAUCCAGAACAAGAAUAAUAGAUUCGUCAAGAUCCUGCUGAACAAGGACCUAAUAUCGGAAACUGUCGCGGAGAAAUUAACCUGUAAUAACGGCAUUUUCCCUAAGAUGUAUUUUCUUCCCAAGAUACACAAGACUGGCAUACCGUUGAGACCGGUCUUGAGCUUUGUAGGUUCCCCUAUUUAUCAGUUGUCAAAAUUUGUCGCCGAUCUAUUAAAGCCAAUAUUCGUCAAAGAUGAACAUUAUGUCCGGAACUCCUUUGAUUUUUUCAAUUCGAUAAAUGGAACCAAACUACCACCUGACUAUAUAUUGGUAUCACUUGAUGUCGUUUCUCUCUAUACCAACACACCUACAGAUUUAGCAUUGCAGAUCAUUGAAGAAAGUUGGAAUGUAGUUUCCGACCCCUCACCCGAUUUUGAUUUCAACACUUUCAAUCGUGGGGCGAACGGUGAAUGUAUAGAAGAGGAAGGUAAAGCAUGCUUGCUCAGCUUCAAUAAUCUCCAAUAUUUAUUGAAUUAUUUAUUGCAAAAUUAUUCUCCUGUUCUGCUCUACAAUUUGAAUCCGAUAGAGGUGCGAAUGGUUUCUGUGGAUAAUUUGUCAGAUGGAGACCAGUAUUAUUUACUGGAGGAAUACGAUUCCUCCUCAUUUGGAGUCGUUCCAUCUGAAAGAAUAUCUACAAAAGCAGUUUUGUCAUCGAUGAUAUCGGAAAAUUGCGAAGUUGGACAGGACGAUAAUUACGAAACGGAAACCUCUACGUCUGUUGUGUGUGAUGUCGCUGAACAUCAGGAGGACACGCCUGACCAUUACCUUGAGGCGCUUAGUAGUGAGUGCUCUUUCUGUGGAGCUCUAUUUUUUCGCACCGAGAAUAUGAUUUGCUGCAAAAGAGGCGCAGUGAGCCUUCCGGGGAGUGCCGCUUAUCCGGACCUGCUGAAGGCUUUGAUCAUGAACAACCACCCUCAAUCGAAGAACUUCAUACAACAUAUAAGAAGUUACAACACGCUGCUCGCCCUUGGCUCCACGACAAUCGUUCAAAGAGAAGGUUUGGCGAGAGGAGCCCCUGUUGUUGUGGUCUCAGGACAGAUAUACCACCGAGUAGGCGAUGUUUGUCCAUCCGAUCCAGCAUUUGGAUCGCUGUAUUUCGUGGAUUCAGGAGAAGCCACGAAGAAGAGGGCAUCAAAAGGAGUUGGAGACGGUUGCAACCCCCGAUUAUUAGGGCAAAUAGAUGCUCUGCUGAGGGAAACUCACCCAUACGCCCAAAUGUACUCUACCCUAGGUCAAGUGGUUCGUGACACACGACGAACCAGUGGUAACGAUUCCGUUCCGCAACUUGGCCUAUAUUUCCACCAACAACCAGGAACCAACAGGAAGGUCUACGCGGCACCUUCCACUUCCACCGAAAUCGGCGCUAUUUUUCGUACAGUCGACGGGGAUAUACCUCCACCAGGCACAGUUCGUGUGAAUUUAAUAAGUACAAGUAAUAGUUUCCAAAUUAAGGAUAUCCCAAAAUUGUCUCCAAUUGUUGAUGCUCUCUGUUAUCCACUACUUUUCCCUAACGGAGAAUUGGGAUGGUCGACUGGGUUGCAGAAAACAAUUGGAAAUAAACGGAUUUCAAAAUUAGAAUUCGAGUGCUACCGUCUGAUGAUUCGUGCAAAUCAUUUUAACCCGAUCCUUCUAUCUGGACGCUUGGCUCAACAGUUCAUCGUUGACAAAUACGUUGAGUUAGAAGGUUUCCGAUUAAAUUUUUUGCGAACACAUCAGAAGGAAUUACGCGUCGAGAGCUACGUCGGGCUCCAAGAUUAUAUUGCGCGAAGAACGGUAGUGGAACCAGACGGUGGUGAAAGAAUAGGUAGAGUUACUAUCCUACCGAGUUCGUUCAUCGGAGGGGCACGUUUCAUGCAGCAAAAUUAUCAAGAUGCAAUGGCCAUUGUAGCAAAAUAUGGCAGACCCUCCCUUUUCGUCACUUUCACCUGUAACCCCAACUGGCGUGAGAUCACUGAAAAUAUGGGAAGUAAACUGUUGAAUCCUCAGGAUAGACCGGAACUAAUCGCGCGAAUGUUCGAUUUAAAAAGGAGGGCAUUUUUCGAGGAUAUAUUGAAAUUCAAAAUUUUCGGUGAUGUGAUCGCUUACGUUUACGUUAUAGAAUUUCAAAAACGCGGUCUUCCUCAUAUGCACUGUCUUCUGACUUUGGCAGAUGAAUAUAAACUGCGAAAUUCUGAGGAUGUAGACAAGCUGAUUUGCGCCGAGCUACCAGCCGAAAACACCCGGCUUUUUGAUAUUAUAAUGUCCACCAUGAUUCACGGACCCUGUGGUGAUCGCGCACCGGAUUCUCCAUGUAUGGUCGACGGACAGUGCACCAAGCAUUAUCCCAAAGAGUUUUCGGAAAUUACCAAAAUUAAUUGUGCGUUGCCCGUAUAUAGGCGAAGAAAUGACGGUCGCACCGCGAUAUUCAAAACAAACAAAGGAAUGUGUGUGAUAGAUAACAGAGACGUAGUUCCGUAUAAUCCAUAUUUAUCCAUGAAAUAUCAAUCUCAUAUAAACGUGGAAGUGAUAACUUCAGUAGGAGCUAUCAAAUAUGUUUUCAAAUACAUAAAUAAAGGUCCCGAUGCUGCCGUUCUUCAGUUGCGAAAUGAGGUCGUUUGGGACGAAAUCCAAGCAUUCAUUGAUUCCCGCUACAUCUCUUCCGGUGAAUCAGCUUGGAGAUUGUUGUCUUUCCAUAUUCAAGACAAAAGUCAUACAAUCUAUAGGUUACCCGUCCAUUUGCCUGGAGAACGUGAGGUAUAUUUUGAAGAAGGGGAAGAGAUGACAGCGUUACAACGUUCAAAACUCAGUCGUUUGGAGGCGUAUUUCGAACUUAAUGUGAACGAUCCUAGCGCACGUGAAUGGAAGUAUUGUGAAAUACCUCUCCUUUAUUCUUUUAAUGCCACCCAACAUCGCUGGGUUAGACGUUUGAGAAAACGAUCUGUAAUACCUAGGAUGUACACUAUAAGUCCGAAGUACAUAGAAAAGUUUAAUUUGCGUAUUUUGCUCCUUCACGUUCCAGGAGCAAAAUCUUUUAAUGAUUUAAAAUCCUUCAGCGGCACAUUAUAUUCUACGUUUAAAGAAGCGGUACUGGCCAGAAAUCUGAUAGCGUCAGAUUCGGAGUGGUUCAGAACUCUGGAACACGCAGUCCUGGUAGAAAUGCCCGGGUGUAUGCGGAAAUUAUUCGCGUACAUGCUGUGUUUCUGUGAGAUCGGCGAACCACUGUCACUUUGGAAUGAGUUCAAGCGAUUCAUGAUAGAGGAUUAUGUGAGGAAAGGUAUCUCAGAAUGCCAAUCUGAAGAUUGCGCUCUGCGUAGAAUCGAGAAGACAUUACGUUUUCUGGGAAAAACUCUCAGAGACUUUAAUCUGCCGGAGCCAACCUCAAGUUCGGGAGUCAACGUUACCAACACCAACGACGACGAUGAGACUUCGAGAACGGAGUCGUCAGAUUCAAGUCUUGGGAGUUUGAACCAGGAACAACGCAAUGUGUUCAACAAAAUCAUUUCUGCGGUCGAGUCAGCGACGUUAGGUGUAGAUAGAUAUUUCUAUCUCCAAGGCAGUGGUGGUACGGGAAAGACUCAUCUGUACAACACGUUGCUGAAAUAUUGCGAGGAACGGCAUAUACCAACUCUUGCCGUAGCCUUCACUGGGAUAGCUACGUUAUUGCUCAGAAACGGAAGAACGGUCCAUUCGACGUUCAGGUUGCCAUUACAUCUGAAUGCAUCUUCCCGCUCCUCUAUAACGGCACAAUCCCAGGAGGCUGACCACUUGAGAAAAAUUCGGCUUAUAAUUUGGGACGAAGUCUCUAUGGCCAGUAACCAUGUCCUUAAUAUUGUGGACGAUCUACUUCGAGAUGUAUGUAUGGACCCCCGGCCUUUCGGAGGUAAAUGCAUACUACUUGGAGGAGAUGUUAAACAGCUACUUCCAGUAGCUUCUGGUCGUGUAGAACAAAUCGAGCUCUUUUUCACAAAUUAUAGGUUCUGGAGAGUUUUUCAAGUGGUCCAUCUGAUGACCAAUAUGCGUGUAAAUGCAGGUGGGGAGGAUUUCACCCGGUGGCUAGAAGAUCUGGGCAGGGGUACCACCAACACCCAAAUCGUCAAAGACAAGGACACAAAAGAUGGUGAUUUUGUUAAUCUGCCAGAUCGUUGUCUGACGGUUGAUGUUGUUAGAGAGAUUUACGGACAGCUUCACGCUCUUACACCACAGCAACUCGCACAGCGAGCUAUUCUCUGUCCCAAGAAUGAACAUUGUAAUUUACUCAAUGACAAAAUUCUCGAAUCGUUUCCCGGAAAGACCUUCGUUAUUCACAGUAACGAUAGCGUGGCUUCGGGUGAUGAAGACGAGGUGGCAAACUUUCCGGAAGAAUAUUUGAACAGCAUAACACCAAGCGGAAUGCCUCAUCACAAACUCAAACUCAAAGUAGGUGUACCGGUUAUACUUCUUCGAAAUUUAUGUCUUGAAGAUGGAUUGAUUAACGGUACACGACUACUGGUGUUAGCUGUGACAGAUAUGUUGAUAACAGCCGAGAUCGUCACCGGCCGUUUUUGCGGGAGAAGAGUUCUCAUUCCUAGAAUGGAUCUAACUUCUUCCGACCAAAACUUGCCGUUUGUACUGAAAAGACGACAAUUACCGUUGAAACUUUGCUUUGCCCUCACCAUUAAUAAAGCACAGGGGCAAACAUUUGAACGCGUUGGCAUAUACCUAGCGAGUCCUGUCUUUUCUCAUGGACAACUCUAUGUGGCUUUCUCAAGAGCUCGCUCUUGGGAUUCCGUGAAGGUAGAAGUGGUAAAGACAAAACAUCAAGGGUAUUUGCUCAAAUCAUCUAAAAAAGUUUUUACUAAAAAUAUAGUGUUCGGUAACAUUUUGAAUUCUAUCCAAAAUGAGUAA